AUGGCCUCACCAAUCAAGGAGAGAUCCGUAACACAAUUCACCAGCAGAGAUGACUUGCAAGUUACACCACCUAGCAGCCUACCACAUCCAAACUUAUCUCAUCCAUGGGUAGAGAGCGCAAGUGCGGCCAGUAUUACGCAAACUAAAGCAGAAUCGAAUAAAGAAUUGUCAAAUGAGUAG